ACACGCUUUAAGCAGUCUACUCGGUUGUAUGGGGUUUCAUGAAGUGUCACAGUCCAAGAAACAGUCAAGCGGUAAACCAAACAUGAAACGCGCAGAAUGAGUAAGCGCCCGGGAAACAGUGUUCACCCAAUGCUUCCGCCCAGUUCUCUACUUUCCUUGAAACUAUAGUUCUUGGCGCGCGGAACCCUGGCUCGUGAAUCGCCAGCCGACGCUUGGCAAAUUCCAAACUGAAAAUGGGAGACGGAAGUAAUCAAAGUUGAUACACAACCUGGAUGCCUACAUACACGGGGUCAACUUAUGGAUGGGACAACUUUUAACUGACCUAGGCUAUUGGGUGUAAAGGUUUAUAAGGAAUUCAUGAUAUAUUGGAUUUUUUGACGGCUACAGUCGUGAGUAUCUGUCAGAGAGAGAGAUGGAAGCUGACGGUCCAGAGGGAAAGUCUGGUGCUACUCAACCCCAGCCUACAGUGGACUGUGAUGUCACAGCAGUGCUGGACUCAGACCCGCCCACUGUGGAUUGUGAUGUCACAGCAUUACCAACCUCAGACCCACACACUCUGGAUUGUGACGUCACUGUAGUCCAAAACUCAGACCUGCACAGAGCUGAUUGUGGUGUCACUGCGGUGCCGAUCUCAGGCCCGCCCACUGUUGAUCGUGACCUAGCUGUGGGCGAAGGCGUUGACCUGUCCGGCGUCGGUGAGGAUGUUGCCGUGGGGAACGCCGGGGGCACCCCGCAUGCAGACGUCCUCCGGAGGUUCGAAAAGCAGCCCCCCGCGAAACUGUGCGGGUACCUGCACAAGCUGGGCGGCCCCCUGAAGGGGUGGAAGUCUCGCUGGUUUGUGUACGAGGAGAGGAGCUGCCAGCUGCUGUAUUACAGGAUGGCCCAGGACGCCAGCCCUCUGGGUCACAUCCAGCUGACCAAUGCCACGUUCGACUGUCCCCUUCAGGCCGACGAGGGCACCUUCCACAUACAGACCCCCCAGCGGACCUUCGUCCUCAAGGCUGUGAAUCGGGAGGCUAUGAUUUACUGGCUGCAGCAGCUGCAGCUGCGGCGAUGGCGGCACAGGGAGGCCACAGGGCAGACUGCGCAGGUCUGCGCAGGCGCAGACAGGAAGGGCUGCUCAGACGGCCUGAACUUCUGCUCAGUUGACUUCCUGCCCAUUAUGAAACCCCCCGCUGGGCUGGUGGGAGAAGAGGCUGCCCAGCAACCAGCGCCACGGCAACAAGCUACCCUCUGUAACGUCUCAUUCAAGCACCCUUUCACAGAGAUACAGAACUCAGUUCGCAGUUUGCGGUUGAACCGCGUCCCCCAGGAGCCGAGCCGGAGCGUGUUCCACUAUGACCUGUCACAGGAGACCACGCCCACUGACCCAGAGAGCCCCGCCCCCAAGACCCAAGGGACUCAGAAUGCUACUGUGACCCCAGAGCACUCAGCGACCUCCAGCUUGCUGCCGGCCCCUCAGCGUGAGGACUCAGGGGAGGUCAGGAGGUCGCGGAGCCCCUCCCCAAACCUGCAGACCAGGAAGAACAGGACGGGAACCUCAGCAUCCCUGCCUUCUGACUGGACCCAGAACAGGAUGUCCCAGCUCAGACAGGACGUGCACACGCUGUCUGAGGAACUCAGAAUCCAGAAAGAGCUGGUGAGGCUGCUGCACCAGGCCCUGGAGGAGGCGCAGAGGGAGAAGAGGAGGAGCUCGCAUCUGGUGUCGGAGGAGAAGGGAGAAGAGGGGGAGGAGAAGGGGGAGGAGGCACGGGUCAGUGAGUGGCAGGUGGUCAAGCUGACGGCUGAGCUGCAGACGCUGCGCAGCCGGCAGGGGGCGCUGGAGCGCACGCUGGCAGAGAGGGACGGGCAGGUGGUCGAGCUGCAGCAGCACGUGGAGCUGAUGGUGGAGAAGAACCGGGCCAAGCAGGAGGUGGUGCUGCAGCUCUCUGAGCAGGUGGAGGCCUGCCUGGCCGACCCGCUCCGGCCCGUAACCAACAACAUGGAGACCACCACCUUCCGCCAGCUGCAGGAGGAGAUACACCAGCUCCGGGAUGACAUCGCGGCUUACAAGACCCAGAACCAGUUCCUGAACUCUGAGAUCUACCAGCUGACGCAGCUUUGGAGGAAGAGCUCGGAGCAGGAGAAGAACCUGAUGAUGAAGUGCGCCUACCUGGAGUCGCGGAACUUCCAGAAGGAGCGGCGGUACUUGGGGUUGCUGCGGGCCCUGCAGGAGAGCCACCAGCUGGACGGCAGCCAGCAGGAGGAGGUGGACAAGCUGAUAGAGGAGGCUCUGCUCGGAGACAUCAAGGACAGGCUCAGACUGAACCCCAUCAGGGAGUAUGACAGCUACGGCUUCAAGCUGGUGCCGGACUUUGACGUGGAGGACGUGAAGCUGCUGGCCAAGAUCCAGGCCCUGGACAUCCCGUCCCACAACCUCCUGCGGCGGGAGGAUUCGGGGGGGUGCGGGCCGCUGGGGGCCCGCUGGGCGCAGUACCUGAGCGGCUGCCCCGCGGGCGACCUGGCCCCCUCCCCGGAGCUGAAGGCCCUGCUGCGGGCCGGCGUGCCGGUGGAGCACCGCCGGAGGGCGUGGCAGUGGCUGGUGCGCGAGCGCACGUGCUCCCUGAGGGACCGCCACCCGCAGCGCUACCGCGACAUGCUGGAGAAGAGCCGGGCCACGCCUCACCCGGCCUCCCGCCAGAUCCAGCUGGACCUCCACCGCACCCUCACCGGCAACCAGCACUUCUCCUCGCCCUCCAACCCUACCGUGCAGCAGCUCCACCGCGUCCUGCUGGCCUUCUCCUGGCAAAACCCCGCCAUCGGCUACUGCCAGGGACUCAACAGGCUCGCUGCCCUCGCCCUGUUGGUGCUGCAGGAUGAGGAGGAGGCUUUCUGGUGUCUGGUGGCUGUGGUUGAGACCGUCUUGCCUCAGGAUUACUACGGCAAGACCCUCGCUGGCUCCCAGGCAGACCAGCGGGUGCUGAAGGACCUGAUGGUGGAGAAGCUGCCACGCCUCACUGCUCACCUGGAGGAGCUGGAGGUGGACGUGUCCCUCAUCACCUUCAACUGGUUCCUGGUGGUCUUCAUAGAGAGCCUGACUACCAAUAUACUGCUGCGGAUCUGGGAUGCUUUCCUGUAUGAGGGCACCAAGAUUCUGUUCCGGUACGCAUUGGCCCUCUUAAAGUACAGAGAGGAGGACAUUCUGAAAAUCCAGAACAAGGUGGAGAUGUACCAGUACCUCCGAUUCUUCACCAAAACCAUCACCGACAGCAGGAGGCUGAUGAGCAUCGCGUUCAGCAGCAUGAACCCGCUCCCCAUAAAGCUGCUGAGGGGCCGGCGGGCGCUGCACCUGGAGAAGAUCCGGGCGGAGCUGAGCGAGCUGGAGCGGAUCCAGAGAGAGUAUGUGGCCCAGAAUGCCGAGCGCAAGGACAAGGACCUGUACGCCAUGGCCAGCGAGGACGAGGCCGAGGGGUAGCCGGGGCGAGGGCGUGGAGGAGGGGCGGGGCGGGGCGGGGCAGGGUGGGGGCGAGGACAGGGGUGUGGGCGGGGUGAGGCGGGGCGGGCCAGGGCAGGGAUGUGGGGGCAGGGCAGGAACAUGGAGGCGGGGCACGGACAUGGGGGUGGGGACAUGGGGGCAGGGCAGGGACAUGGGGGCAGCACCCAGGACUGGAGUUAAACCUGCAGACACUGCGGUGCUGCAGUGUGAAAUGCCUGCUUUAGAGGUGUUGAGGGUCUGUCCUGCUCCCUCUCAGGCCACACCAGUCACACAGGUAAGACUCACCUGAUGGGGCGGGGCCUGGACUCUUCCCCACGCAGGGGCGUGUCACGACCGUAGAGUCCCGCUCUGAUACUCACACUGACACACUCAAGCAGAACACUACAACUUGCCUUUGGAGAUAUAUUUUUUUCUUAGUGUAUUAAAAAUAUACUUUUUUAAGUGUAUUUUUAAAAAAUAAUUAUUUUUUUUUAAAUACUUUUUUAAAUAAGUUUUAAUUUGCUGAGGCUUCAGGGAUGUGGUGUAAUGGUGUAGCUGUACAGGCCACCGGGACCCCAUCAGGCUGAGCUGUGAUGUGCACCACAGUGGCAUCCUGUUACAAUGUGGAACACGGUCUGCAAUGACACGAGUCAGCCACUAGAGGUCACUAGAGUGUAUGUGCAAACGUCUGCACUUAGUUCCGUCUGGUCAGGCCAGAGAUGGAGGGCAAACAGGAAACCAUUUUGUUGCAGUUCUGCCUCGAAGGCCACGUUCGCUCUGUUUGAAACAUUCUGUAAAGGUCUCUGAGAUACGCUUGCUUGUGUUUGGCGGGUGUGUCGGGUGGCGGGUGGCGGGGGGGGUGGGGUUUGGUGUAACCAGAAGCAGCGAGCGACUCGUUCAAGAAGUGGUGCUCAGUCGGCCCCCAUCAGCAGCCGUAGCAACAGUGCCCAGCAACCAAACGUUUACCACAGCACCGUCUCAGUUUAUAAAAACCUUCCUGACCGGUCCUGGGUGCCUGAGGACCCCACAUCCUCCGGUGGCAGGAGACGGGCCUCGGGGUCCGUCAAACACAGGCCACGAAACGUCCAGACGCUGGCAGCCAAUCGGUACUAAGCAACGGCGCUAUGGCAACCCUCCUGUUGUGUCAAUGGUCAGUUUAACCCAUUUUAAUUUUUUAAGGUGCUUGAAGUGCUGGACGACUCAGUGAUUUUUAAAAACUUUUACUCCUUCGGGUUGAUGAUUUUGGCGUGCUUUCACUCUCAGCUGUAGUCUGGUGCUGCUGGGUCAAAGGUCACGGUCAUAUUUAUGAAAUGCGAAAAGGAAAAGUGUGAUAACUGAAAAUAGUUACGUCAAGUUGGUGGAAUGGCUUUUUAUGUAAAUUCAACUUUCUUUGAAAGGAAAUGUGUUCCACAAACUGUUAUUAAAUAUAGUGUUUGAAAUAUAAAAA